AUAAUCUGAGAAUUUUAGGGAGCAUAUAUGAAAUUCUAUAAAGAUAUGUUCGUCGGAAGAAGAACGCUAGAGAGAGCAAUGGAGAACGUUUUGUCUCCGUCGCUGGCAGGUGAAAUCGGUGCAAGAGUAUCGUCUCUGUUCGUUUAUCCGAUUAAAUCAUGUAGAGGUGUUUCUUUGUCUCAGGCAGCUCUCACUCCCACCGGAUUUCAAUGGGAUCGAAACUGGUUGAUUGUGAACUCUAAAGGUCGAGGAUUGACUCAAAGAGUUGAACCAAAGCUUUCCUUGAUUGAAGUAGAGAUGCCUAAACAUGCGUUUGAAGAGGACUGGGAGCCUGAGAAGAGCUCUAACAUGGUGGUUAGAGCUCCUGGUAUGGAUGCACUUAAGGUCUCACUAGCUAAACCCGAGAAAAUAGCACACGGUGUCUCAGUUUGGGAGUGGUCUGGCUCCGCGCUAGAUGAAGGAGAAGAAGCAUCUCAGUGGAUUACAAACUUUCUUGGGAAGCCUUGUCGACUUGUUCGUUUUAAUUCAGCCUCCGAGACUAGACCUGUGGAUCCAGAUUAUGCUCCAGGUCACUAUGCGAUGUUCUCAGAUAUGUACCCGUUCUUGCUUAUAUCACAGGGCUCUCUUGAUUCCCUAAAUAAGCUUCUUAAGGAGCCUGUACCGAUCAACCGAUUUAGACCCAACAUCUUUGUUGAUGGAUGUGAACCAUUCGCUGAAGAUUUAUGGAGAGAGAUUCUUAUAAACGAUUUCACCUUUCACGGUGUGAAAUUAUGCUCCCGUUGCAAGGUACCAACGAUAAAACAAGAAACUGGGGUUGGAGGUCAAGAGCCGAUUAAAACUCUGAGGAAUUUUAGGUCAGACAAAGUUAUACAGCCAAAGAAGAAACCACAGGGAAAGAUAUAUUUUGGGCAGAACAUGAUUUGGAAAGAUCGAGUCAGUGAUGUAAUGGGAAAAACAAUUAAAGUUGGUGAUCCUGUUGUUGUCCUUGCAAAACUCUCCUCUCCUGCUGAAGCAGCAACUUAAAAAAAAGGUUUAGUUACUUCAUCCAAGAAACUUUGCAGCUUGUUUUAAUCAUUGUGUUCAUAAGAGUAUGAAUUGUAAAUUGUAUCUUUCACAAGAACCAUGAACACAUUUAUCAGGAAAACCGGUUCUUAUAUAGCUCAAGAACAUAAAACGAACAAUGAGCGUUGCUUUAUUAUCUCAUCUCUCAUUGUCUCUCUCUC